AUGGAAGAAGAAUUUGUAUCGGUCAAGGAAGUUGUGGGAUGGUUUCGAUUAGCUCACCCAGAUGGAGCACCAGAGAAAGAAUAUUAUCAUAUUUGUGCCACAGCCGCUGGACAAAUUCGUCAACGAAUAUACAUCCAUCAGAGGGAUACCGAUACGGAUGAUAAUAAUCAGUUGGAAGAGGACUACUGGUUACAAUUGAAAAGUAUAAUUCCGUACAAACUACGAGAAGUUAUCUUAGCCAGAUUGAUCGAGGUCGAUGAGCUGUUGGAACAAAUCAAUUCAUCAACACUGUCAAUCUGGACCACAUACACGCCCGAAAAAGGAUCUCGAAUUGACGACUGCGAUGCAGAACAUUUAACCCGUUUCAGAGCCCACAAGAUUGAAGAUCUUCUUGAAGACCUCAUGGAACAUCAACUUAGGGAUCUGUUCCGCGAAUGCGACACCCUUUUCACCGGCCUCCAUGCCGCAAUCUCCUCUGAUAGCGUGUCCUCGACUGACUUCAACCCCGGCCACAUCAUCGCAGACAUCACCAGACGCAUCCCGCUGAUCGUUGACCGCAUCAAUCUUAUGCAUGAAUACCUUCAGAGAUCUAUAUGGAGCGUUUCAAAAGAUAACUGGAAAAGUCUAGCUAAGCAUUUUGACAGCUCGUUGGUCACCUUAGUCGAACAGCCGAUGCGCUUCGAAUCUGAGGCAAAGUUUCUUCAAGCCGUCACAGCAGUCAUCAAACUGGCUCGAUUGUAUCUCAGGAGACUUUCACGAUCAGGCAAUGAUCGGCCCAUAUUUUUUUUCGGGCCGUCAAUGGAACUGGAAGUUGAUCGGUUGAAAUCAGUCGUCUACUGUACCGAUCAGGCUGACCGUUGGUUGCGGUUUUUGGCUGACGAAAUCGCAAGUGAAGCAAUCGAUUUUCAUGAGGCUGCGACUUUCUUAAUCCAUGUUAUUCGCGGAUGCUACCAAUCCUCGGUCGUCUUGGAAAAGUAUUGGGACUGUUUGCUCGAAAGUGACAAUCCACAGCUGGAUCGGGAAAUGAUUGCAGCCGCUCGUCAGUGGCUCAACUCUUGGACUCCCGCAUUUACUGUCGCCGCUCGCAUAGCGAUGAAAGCCACUGGCCGUUUACGACCCGAUCACUUCAAUUUCGAACUUCGAGACGCUGACAACGACAACUUGCUUAUGGAGUAA